UUUUGUCCGGUGUACACACAUUUCGCGUUAACAGUUUUUGUCAACAGAUUUUCAGAUACGGAUUUAUCUACUUAUAUGAGAUUUUUAAUUACCAUAGUAGGUAUUUAUUAUAUUUUAUAUUUUGUUAUUGAUAAUCAUUACCGGUAAAAGUGUGAGUAUUUUGUUUUAUAUUAUUCAUAAGAUAUUUAAGAAUUACACAUAAUCCGAUUUUUAGAUGUCAAAUAAUUCAUCACCGAGUACUCCGACAUAUGAAGGAGAUGAGUAUAAUCGACGUCUGGCCGAAAUACCUAGCCAGUCUCCAGUUCUCUUCGACAUGCAAGACAUUUUCAUAUACGGUGAGAUGACUCAAACCAUAGAUAGUGGUUACUCGAGUGACCAGAACACGCAGGUGGAAAAUCAUGACUGGCAUAGAGAAUUUUCCCCUCUUCAACCCCAUGCAACACCCUCUCCACCACGACUAUCACAGAUGGAGAAUCGUGUACGCACUUUGUCGCCGGUUCAGCCUGUCUUGUUGGAAGAAGCUUCGCCCGAUAUGUUCCCACCAACAACACCGAGAGCAUACGUACUGAGGGUGAGAAACGAUCUUUUUCCGGACUUAGAUUCCCAGUCCUCAGUUUCGCCUAGCAUGCUAGAACUUCCUCGGGCCAUGGUACCCCCCGAAUAUAACUUGUUAAUUGUCGGGGAAAUUAUGAACACGACGCGACAUUCUGGUGAGCAAUCACCGGAAAUGGAUUGGAGUGAUGACGGAAAUGACGAGGAGUUGAACCGUCAUAUGGAGGCAUAUGAAGAUGAUGAAAAGCUUAGCCGACACAUGGAUGAAUAUGACGGUUUUUGA